ACAAGUCAACAAGUGGUAUUAAUACGCUAGCACGACUGUUGUCUCCAUUAAGCCUGCGAAAACCUUAUAUCUCUCUUUGAAAGAAAACCCAUCGCCAAUAUCUCGGUUGGAGAAAUCAUCAAAUCAAGAAUCUGUUCCAAAUGGGGAACUGUUCGUCUACCCCCGAGUUGUUUGAGAAAGUAUUGGAAAUGUUUUGUGGGAGAACCCAACACAAGUCCAUACACAACAAUACAAUGAAGAAGAAGAUCAAAGGGACCGUGGUUUUGAGGAAGUCGAAUGAUUUUGGUGCCUUGAUUCUUGAUCGAGUUCAUGAAUUCUUUGGCAGAGGAGUUUCAUUACAGCUUAUCAGUGCUGUUCAUGGCGACCCAGAUAAUGGAAACAGAGGGAAGCUUGGAAAAGCUGUGAACCUUGAGAGGUCGAUUACAACAAUCACCUCGGUGUUAUCAGCUGUAGAAGCAGCCUUCAACAUUACAUUUGACUGGGAUGAGGCCAUGGGCUUCCCUGGUGCUUUCAUAAUCAGAAACCACCGCCACAGCCAGUUCUAUCUCAAGACAGUUACCUUGGAGGAUAUUCCUGGGCACGGCCAACUCCUUUUUAUUUGCAAUUCUUGGGUUUACCCAGCUCAUCGAUAUAAUUAUGAUCGGAUCUUCUUCUCGAACAAGACCAUCCUGCCAUGCAAUACACCAGAACCACUACGCUAUUACAGGGAACAAGAGCUUAUUGGUCUAAGAGGGAAUGGAUCAGGCAUGCUCAAGGAGUGGGACAGAGUAUAUGACUAUGCAUACUACAAUGAUCUGGGAAUGCCAGACAAGGGCCCAGAAUAUGCACGCCCGGUGCUUGGUGGAUCUAAGACGUACCCUUACCCUCGAAGAGGACGAACUGACCGGCCACCAACAGAAGCUGAUCCUAACAUUGAAAGCAGAUUGCCACUUCUAGGUCUGAACAUUUAUGUUCCUAGAGAUGAACGGUUCAGCCCGGUGAAGAUGUCGGAUUUCCUUGCCUAUGCACUUAAAUCCGUUGGACAGGUACUGCCGGCAGAAAUUGUGGCCUUAUUUGACAAAACCCCCAAUGAGUUUGACACUUUCCAAGAUGUGUUGAACCUAUAUGAACGGGGGGUUAAACUGCCAAAUCGGGCUUUGCUAAAUAAAAUUAGGGAGUACAUCCCUUGCGAGAUACUGAAGGAGCUCGUCCGCUCUGAUGGUGAGAGGCUCUUCAAAUUUCCAAUGCCAGAUGUUAUCAAAGAGGAUAAGUCUGCCUGGAGGACAGAUGAGGAGUUCGCACGAGAAAUGCUUGCUGGAGUGAACCCUGUUGUCAUCCGAGGCCUCCAAGAGUUUCCACCUGCCAGCAAGCUAGACCCAAUAAUAUAUGGAAACCAAACCAGUACAGUGACCAGAGAGCAGAUUGAGAAGAACAUGAAUGGGCAAACAGUAGAUAAAGCAAUUAAGAAUAACAAGCUGUUCAUAUUGGAUCAUCAUGAUGCAUUUAUGCCAUACCUGAGACGGAUAAACACGACUUCCACAAAGACCUAUGCCAGCAGAACACUUCUUUUGCUGCAAGAUGAUGGAACACUGAAGCCGUUAGCAAUUGAGUUAAGCCUACCCCAUCCACAAGGGGACCAACAUGGUGCCACUAGCCAAGUCUUCACUCCUGCUGAACAUGGCAUUGAAGGUUCAGUGUGGCAGCUUGCUAAAGCUUAUGCUGCUAUAAAUGAUUCAGGAUACCAUCAGCUCAUCAGCCACUGGUUGAACACGCAUGCAGUAAUAGAGCCAUUUGUCAUUGCGACGAAUAGACAAUUGAGUGUGCUUCACCCAAUAUACAAACUGUUACAUCCUCAUUUCCGUGAUACUAUGUAUAUAAAUGCCUUGGCCCGACAGAUCCUCAUCAAUGCUGGAGGGGUGCUUGAAAAAACAGUCUUUCCAGCUAAAUACGCAAUGGAAAUGUCUUCCUUCGUUUACAAGAACUGGAAUUUCACCGAGCAGGGACUUCCAUCUGAACUGCUUAAAAGAGGAGUGGCGGUUCGAGACUCAAGGCAGCCCUAUGGCCUUAGACUUUUGAUAGAGGAUUACCCUUAUGCUGUUGAUGGACUUGAAAUCUGGUCAGCAAUUGAAACUUGGGUUCGUGAAUAUUGCUCCUUUUACUACUCCACAGAUGAGUCAGUUCAAGGUGACUCCGAACUCCAGUUAUGGUGGAUAGAGCUCCGCAAUGAGGGUCACGGGGACAAGAAGGAUGAAGUGUGGUGGCCUGAGAUGCAAGGACGAGCUCAACUCAUCCAAACAUGUACAAUUAUCAUAUGGGUGGCUUCUGCCCUCCAUGCAGCUGUGAAUUUUGGCCAAUACCCUUAUGCCGGCUAUCUCCCUAAUCGCCCAACUAUAAGCCGCCGAUUCAUGCCUGAGCCAGGGACCCCUGAGUAUGCUGAGCUUGAGUCAAACCCCGAGUCAGCCUUCCUGAAGACAAUAACAGCGCAGUUCCAAACGCUCAUUGGGGUGUCCCUGAUAGAGAUUUUGUCCCGGCAUGCUACCGAUGAGAUCUAUCUAGGACAGAGAGAGAGUCCUGACUGGACUUCAGAUGCCCAACCUCUGGAAGCUUUUGAAAGAUUUCGGAUGCAGCUUGUUCAAAUCGAACAUAGAAUAGUACAGAGGAACAAUGAUAAGAGAUGGAAGAACCGAUUUGGGCCAGUUAAAGUGCCUUAUACCUUGCUUUAUCCCAGCAUCUCAGACUCCAUUAGAGCUAGUGGGCUCUCUGGCAUGGGAAUUCCCAAUAGUGUCUCAAUCUAGAUUUCUAAAGCUACUGGUAAAUGAGUGUUUUCGAAGCUACGGAUUUUUCUUAGGAUGUUUAGAAUCGAAGUAAAUCACUGCAGACUAGUUUUUGUAACCUAGAUUGUUUUAUCUUUUGAAGGCAAGUACGAGUAUAGUUACUCAAAAAAUUUAGUACACCUACACGCUAAAGAUAAUAGUUUCCUAA